AUUUCAUUUAGAUCAUCAUCAACAAUUACCAACAGUCUAAUAACAACCUUGACACCCAUUUUCAACAGUUUUCUAUUACCACUUUCGGAUAUACAACCUCAACAACACAACUACCCAAUAUGUCUGGUAUCGUCAACAAAGUCAAGGACGCCGUCUCCGGCAACCACCACUCUUCUUCUACCACACACCAGAGUACCCCUGAGGGUACACACGGACCUCACAACAACCGAGUCGGCAACGCUGCCGACCCCAGAAUCGACAGUGACCGAGACAACCGUGCUGCCCCAGGCACAACCGUCGGCGGCUCUCACGCAUACACAACUGGGGACAACUACACACACGGUGGCCCAACCGGCUCUGCCACAGCUGGCCCUCACCGAUCAGACAUGGUCAACAAGGCCGACCCUCGAAUUGACUCGGACCGAGAUGGUCGCUUCGUCGGCAACCAAGCCGGUGAUUAUGGUGGCAGCGGCCGAGAAGGCGUAGCUGGCCCACACAACUCUCGUCUAUCCAACGCUGCCGACCCAAGAGUUGACAGCGACCGAGACGCUAGCCGAACUGUAGGAAAUGCUUACGGUAGUUCCGGAACUGCUGGCUCUACUGCUUACGGCCCUGCUGGUACCACUGGUACUACAGGUAACCACCACUACGGCGGUACUACUGGCACUGGUGCCGGAUACGGCUCAUCUACCGGCCCUCGUGAGUAUGGCACAACUACAGGUGCCCACGAGUACGGUUCCCGAGGACCUACCGGCACAACCGGUAUCCAUGAAUACGGAGCACCCGGCACUCACGAGUACGGUUCAACGGGCCCCACCGGAACAUCCGGUGCCUAUGGCCAAGGUGCGACAGGAGGUGUUGGCACUCACGGUGCUCACGCCACACACUCUGGUCCCGGUCCCGCACCCGAUACCGCGGGUCCCCACAAGAGCAACAUCGCCAACAAACUUGACCCUCGCGUCGAUUCAGACCUAGACAACUCACGUACCGUCGGUGGCGACAAGACUUACCGGUCGUAAGUAGCCCCGCCGCUACCGCCUCCCUGCUUCGAUUCCCACCAUCAAUAAAAAAAAAUACUGUAUUAACAU